AUGUUGGCUUGUGAUGCCUGCCGCAUCGUGAUGAACAGGUUAUCAAGAGAUGUGAAGUUUCUCACUGAAACCCGCAAGAUCUGGCCCGAUGCAGUUCUGGAUCAGAGACUAUCGAUUUCGUGCGAGGAUCCGAGCCAUCCAAGUGGCAGCGGCAUGGAAGCUUGCAGUCUCUUUAUGCAAGACCAUGCUGACCUCAUCAGAAAAGAGGUGAAACUGCGCUGGGAUGAGGCAUCCGAUGAGUUCGAGGAGGAUAUCGUGGCCACGGAGUUCUGCUCGGAGAAGGCGAGGAUCUGCGAUGUUGAUGCAAAAGGCAUCAGCCACAUGAUCGACGAAGCGAGCAGGAAAGAAAAGCUGCUAAAAGAGGAGCGCGAGGAGAAAGAGCGCAUCGCCACGAAAACUCAGACCAGGUGA